AUGGAGACAGUCAGGGGAGUUUCCCUGUUGACAGCAGCAGACCUGACUGACACUCUCUCACUAAGCUAGCCUGCCAGCUAGCUAGCUAGCUGCACAAUCCCCCAUUGGUCACGUCUAAACUAAGCUAACUACUUUAUAUUCAGAUAUCCACCAUGGAUUUAAAUAUUAUCUUGUCACAGCUUGAAACUGCCAACGAAGAGGAAAUCGAGAAACUUCUGCGGCAGUACAAUCUAGAGAACAGUCGCACCUUCAGUUUUGACCAAAAGGAAGAAACCCUGCGGAGUAAGCUGUGUCAGGGUGUGUUGUCAGUUCUUGGGAGGCAGGUGCAGCCCAGCUGUCAGAAGACAUGUCUGGAGACACUCCGCAUUCUGUCCAGAGACAAGCGUGUCCUCGCACCUGUAGCCACCAAGGAGGGCAUGCUAAUCCUGGGGGGGAUGGCGAGGUUGAAUGCUGGAGAAAACGGAGAUGACAACAACCAAAAAAGCUCUCAGGAAGACACCCAGUCAGAUGAGGAGGAGAGGGUGGUGGUGGAGGCCUUAAAGUGCCUAUGCAAUGUGGUGUACAACAGUCCUGCGGCUCAGCAGGUUAGUGUAGACGUGCAGCUGGCUAAUGGCCUGUGUGCCAGCCUGGGAAUGGCCAGCACAUGGCACCAUGAGGUGGGUCUGUUCACACUGCGCCUUCUCUUCCUGCUGUCUGCACUGAGACCUGAUGUGAGAGGGAUUUUGAGGAGAGAAUGGCAUGCUGUGAGACUACUGACAGAGUUCCUGGAGCACACCCUGAAUGUGAGCUGGGUUGGUCCCUAUGAAGCUGCCCAUCCAGGUCCACAGGCCCUGCCCAUGCCUGCAGAGGACAAUGAGAGAGCAAUGGAGGCACUCAAAGCCUUGUUCAACCUCACACUGUCUGAUGCUGGUGGUGAGGAGGAUGACCACCAGUUCCGACUCAUCGCUGCCAUCCUGCGUCAUCUGUUGAUGCUGAAGACUGAGACCGAGGAGAAAACAGAGGAAGUGCACAGCCAUGCCAUCAACCUGCUGAAUAACCUGCCUGUGUCCUGCCUGGACGUGUUAAUCGACGUGCCUGUACAGGGAGGACUAGAGAUAUAUGGUGGGAAAAACAUGGACGCUGUCCAGCUGUUAAUAGACUUCAUGGAGAAAAGGAUUGACAAGCAGGGCUCCAACUACAAAGAGGGUUUGACUCCGGUGCUCAGCCUUUUGACUGAGGGAUCCAGACACUACAGGGAGAUCCGCAGAUAUAUCAAAGCUCAGGUACUUCCCCCACUGAAAGAUGUGAAGAUCAGGCCAGAGAUCGGCACCACCACCAGAAACAAGUUGGUCCGCCUUAUGACCCAUGUUGACAUGGGUGUGAAGCAGAGCGCUGCAGAGUUUCUCUUUGUCCUCUGCAAAGAAAGCGUGGACAACCUGUUGAAGUACACAGGAUAUGGAAACGCAGCAGGACUCCUGGUGGCUCGAGGACUCCUCGCAGGAGGGAGAGGAGAGACUCAGUACUCCCAAGAUGAAGACUCAGACACAGAGGAAUACAAAUCUGCUAAACCCUUCAUCAACCCCAUCACUGGUCAUGUGGAGGAGCCGAUGCCGAACCCCAUCGAAGAGAUGACUGAAGAGCAGAAGGAGUACGAAGCCCAGAAACUUGUCAAUAUGUUUGACAAGUUGUCAAGGCAGAACGUGAUCCGGCCAAUGGGGGUCAGGCCUGACGGGACGUUGGCACCUCUUGAAGAAACUCUCUGUGAUCCACGCGAGGACUCGGGAUCAGACUCCGACUAGUGCACUGCACAUUUAGGCCACAUUUUCCAGGCUAAGCUUACUUGGUUCCAACACAUCUGGAGCUGUGUUCCAUUUCAUGGUCUGGAUCCUUUUUAAAGGAAGGUGCCCAUUAAGGUGGGUCCGUCAGAGGCACUAAAAGCUGGCCCAACCAGUCACUAAGCAGAGGUAGCAGAAGUCAGUCAAAAGAGCCACACAUUGUACUGAUACCUCCCAAUAAAUCAUACUCUAUUAACCUAAACUUAAAUUGGCAGAUAUUACAAUGUUUGGAUCUAUAGUCAAGACUGCUUUCACAGAAACCCAAACUAAUGCUGAAAUUUAGGAUGCGCUUUUUAAGUCGUAUCACCAGGAAGUCGAUCUAAAUUGACAAAGUUUAAAUAGUGAUAACUGGCUUUGUAAUAACGGAGUGAUCAUUACAAGUUUCAAUGUCUAAGUGUUACAAAUCCUCAGAUUAAUGGUCAAUUUAUCCAUAUAACUUCCAUUUAUCUGUAAGUUUGAUAGGUUUAGUUUAAGCGAUAUAUAAUAUGUGCCGGCCCAUUAUGACAUUCAGUCUAGUGAUCCAGCCCUGAACUGGGACACAGCUCCUCAUGUCCCAGGAAACUCUAGAGGCCCUGUCGCCGCAGUAACACUUUCUCCAAAGUGGAAAUGGACUUGAUGUGUGGCAGAAAGACUGCAGUGGCAUCGUAAUGCAUAGGAGGCCUCCAAGGGUUACUGUUGCACCUUCCUCGUCUAUUUUACCACUCCCUGAGUUGAGAAAAAAAUAGAGGUAAUAUAAUUCUUUGCUGGAUCAUGUGUAUUUCACUGAAAGCUCUUUUGUUAUGGUUUGUUAAGUGUCAUUGGGUCUGAAUAAUCAUUCCUUCACAUGUGCUUUUGUUUUUUACUUUUUCUUAUUUUUUUUCUGCUAAAUAAUGAUUUUGUCCACUCUGUAUUUCUAGAUGAUUCAAGUUCACAUUAUACACACACAUUUAAACGUGAAAUCAUUGAAAACUGUUAACAAUGAACCCAGUUGUUGGUUUAAAAUCACGAGGCCUGUCCAGUAUGGACCACGGGAUUGAUGCAUAUUCAGAAAUCAGGCACUGUCUGUGUGGAUAGAUUUAACCUGUAGCUCACAGUGAGUCUGGUUGUGGAAUUAUCAUGAAUUUUGCACACCAGUUAGUUGCCAAUGAAACCUUCUGAAUUCAGGGCUUUUUGGUUUACUGUUGUCACUGAAAAGUUUUUUUGAACAAAAAUACUUCUUUUAAUUUAAAAUGAAGACUUUAAAUGGAGAGAUGCAACAUAAUCGUGAGGUGGACAGUAAACUGACUUUUUCUGCCUGUAGUGGACUAUUGACAAAGAAAUGUGUCAACUGCAAUGAUUGUUUUCUAAUCCAUUUUACUUUUGAUGUUAAAUCAGUUCUCAGUGAUGUGGGGGCUUUUUCUAGAUUGACAUUUUUGCUAAUUUUAUACAAAUCAAAAUUUACAAGUUUACCGUCUGUAUGAACUGAAUAUUUCUUUGUGUUGGUACAAUUUGAUUAAAUGUAAAAGCUGCCAGUUCUGAAAUAAGUCAUGGUUGGUAGAUUUGGUUCCCGAACUAACUGAAACCGUGCUUUGGAUACAUUUGUUGUAUUAAAACAAAUUGCUAAUUACAAUCCAGAGAAACAUAAUAUUGCUUUAACCAGAGAACAUGUCAUUAUUACAGUAAUCAGUGACUCGUUUUAUAGUGAAUAAUCAUGUACACACUUUUAACCUAUCACCACUACUGCCUACUCACACACACACAAUAACUCUGAUAAGUAGAAUAAAAGAAAUAUCUAAAUUAGUUGGCCUCACACAGGCACAAAAGACUUAACUUUGAGUUGCCUUCUUGAAUUUCUUUUGACUGAUCAAAUUUUUUUUUUUUAAGCUUGGAAAGCCAUGAAAGGUCAGAUAUACAGAUGGGUCACAAAUUAAAGGGUAAACCAACAUGAUGUCUCAGUGACGUGUUGGGUCAACACAAGCCACUAGGACAACUUUAGUGCUCCUUCUCAAAGAGGUCUGGUGACUGCAAAAGGCCAGAGCAUAAGUUUCACUAAACGUUCAUGCAUCAUCAAACCGUUCAGUGGUCAUUUGUUAUGUUUUUCCACUUCUUUCUUCAAGUUUGUCCCUUUAAAUUUGUCAUGCAUCUGUAUCACGGUUUUUUUCCUUGUGUGCACAUGUGUAAAUGCCUUUGUUUUCCUUACACAAUCCUAGUUGGAUAAAUCAAAAUUGCAUGUUGAUCACUUCUCCAUCUGGAAAUAUGGUAAUUUUGUUCUUUUUGCACUUUCUUCAUAUACUGUAAAUAGCACCACACUUAUUUUAUGUAGUGAGGCUUCCACUGAAAUGUUAAUAAACUGGAGAAUAAGAA